AUGAAGAGGAAGGGCCUCGAAUUGAGGAAAAUUCUAGUUUCCCCCACAGAUUGUUAUCAAUUAGGUACCUUCCAUCCUUUCUCUCUCAACACACUUCAUUUCCUCUCCGUUUCCCGUUAUUUCAGUGCAAAAUCUGCCGCCAAUCGCGACAAAAACAAGCUUGAUCUGGGAAAUAUUAACGGUUUGGAUGAUGCUAUUAGUUUGUACAAGAACAUGUGCAGAAUGAAGCCUUUGCCUUGCGUAAAACAAUUCAAUCAAUUGCUUUCACGCGUGGUCAAUCUGAAACAGUAUUCCGCCGCCAUUUUCAUCUUCAAGGACAUGUGUAAUUUGGGGGUUUCAGCUGAUAAAUGCACUAUGAAUAUUGCUAUUAACAGUUACUGCCUUUCCAAACGGGUUGAUUGCGGGUUUUCAGUUCUGGGUCGGUUCUUCAAGCGCGGUUGUGUACCCGAUGGGUUCACUUUCACCACCUUACUCAAGGGUUUGUUUCGAGAAAACAAGAUUACCGAGGCGCAGGGAUUGUUCAGGAAGAUUGUGAGAGAAGGAAUGUGCGAGCUUGACGUCGUCGCUUACGGAACUGUGAUGGACGGGCUUUGCAAGCUGGGCAACGUUGCGGUGGCCGUCGAAUUGCUCAGAGUAAUGGAGAAAAUGAUGGAUUCUGCACUGAAGCUAUUCGAUGAAAUGUCCGAGAGAGGCGUUACGCCUGAUGUUUUCACUUACAAUGCGUUGAUGCACGGCUUGUGUAGUUCGAGUCGUUGGGCGGAAGUUAAAGCGCUGCUAAAGGAGAUGACGGAGCAGAAAAUUUACGCAGACGAGGUGACGUUCAAUACCAUUAUUGAUGCAUUAUGCAAGGAAGGUUUGGUGAACGAAGCGAAUGAUGUGUUCCAUAUUAUGAUGCAGAGAAACGUGGCUCCUUCUGUCGUCACCUUCAAUACGUUGAUGGAUGGGUAUUGUCUCCGAGGGCGAAUGGGUAAAGCUCGUAGUAUUUUUGAUUCUAUGGCGAGCGUAAAUAUCAUACCUAAUGUUCAAAGCUAUUGCAUUCUGAUCAAUGGAUACUGCAUGAAGAUGAUGAUAGACGACGCGUUGCAUCUCUUCGACGAGAUGCCUAUUAGAGGAUUGAAGCCCGAUGUGGUUACAUAUAAUUCUCUAUUACACGGGCUUUUUCGUUGUAGGAGAUGCUCGUCUGCAAUGAAACUUUUUGACGAGUUGCAGGUUGUUGGUCUGAAACCGGACUUCUAUACUUACUGUCACUUAUUGGAUGGACUGUGUGCGAACGGGCACGCUGAACGAGCAUUAUCGUUAUUGAACGCACUGGAGCACAAAGGAGAAGAUAUUCAAAUUACGUACUACAAUAUCAUCAUGGAGGGAUUCUGCAAAGCUAAAGAAAUUCAAAAAGUGCGAGCGAUUUUUAACGAUGUUCGUUCGAAAGGGUUGAAAAGUAAUGUGGUAACUUACACUACACUGAUUAAAGGGUAUUGCCAAAACGGGCUACUUGAAGAAGCUAAAGAUCUUAUUUCGAAGAUGGAACGAGAUAGUUUGUUGCCUAAUGGAGUUACCUACAAUUGUAUUGUUCAAGGAAAUCUAAAGAGUGGCAAAUACGAAGAUGCAGCUCAGUUUCUUGAGGAAAUGGUUUCUAAAGGGUUCUCUCCAGAUUCAUCUACGUUUGGUUUGAUGCUUGAUUUACUCGGAGAAACGGAACAAGAGCCUACAAUCUUGAAAAUGAUUCGAAAGUUGGGUUCUCGAUGCAAUUCGUAGGCCGGUUGAUUAUUAAAGAAGAGAACAAGAUUGGAAGGAUUUUAUUGAACCCCCUAUUGGAUUCAGCUUCUUUUGAGCUCAUUCCAGAAUCUUUUGACAGUCGAUGAAUAUUAUCUCUCUGCAUCUGCUUCGCGAUAAUCUCCAUGAUGAACCAACAUUUGUCGAAAUUAUCGUCGUUAGAAAAUGUCGAAGCAGCUGGAACUGAGGUAACAACAAGUUCUGAUUGUAAUUGGAUGGGCUUCGCAAGGCUGUUAACACUAAAAUGGCUACUGAACUGCUCGGAGUAACGGAAGAAGGGGGACGUAAGCCGUUGACCGGCGUUGACCCCUCGAGCAUUUUAAUUUUCCGAAUAAAAAAAAAUAAUAGAAAAAGAAUCCUAUUUAUCAUUAUUGAAAUAAGUACAUUCUUCAUCGAAUUACUUCGACGACGAUCUUGUACUGAUAGAAUUUCUAUUUUGUUUAUCAUAGAUUUUUGUAUAGAAUAGCAAA